AUGGAAGGUCAAAAGAUAAAACGUUCAAAGAACAUUAUGGCUCAAUCUACAUAUCAAUCGGUGGUCUUGGCCAAACGUCCUACGGAACAGAUUGUUCCAGGAGAGACUUUUGAGAAGAAGGAGAAUCCAAUGGUGACAGAGGCAGAUCUUAAAGAUGAUCAAGUGUUGGUUGAAGUGCUGUAUCUUUCAUUGGACCCGGCCAUGCGGGGCUGGUUAAACGAUAGAAGAUCAUAUAUCCCACCUGUAAAGAUUGGUGAGGUUAUGCGUGGUGUUUCAAUUGCAAAGGUCAUCGCCACCAAGUCAUCGAAACACAACGUCGGUGAUUAUGUAUCUGGUGUUACCGGAUGGAAAGAAGUAGCCAUCAUGGCUUCAAAAGAACUCACACGUAUUGAUCUUCCAUCCAACGGCAAGCUCACCGAUGCGCUUGGUGUUCUUGGAAUGACUGGUCUCACCGCAUACUUUGGAAUCCUCGAAGUUGGGAAGAUCAAGGCCGGAGAUUUCGUUGUGGUGUCCGGUGCCGCUGGCGCUACUGGAAGUGUUGUUUGUCAAAUUGCCAAGAUCAAGGGAGCUAAGGUUUUGGGUCUGGCAGGAAGUGACGAUAAAGUACAGUGGUUGAAAGAGUUGGGUUGUGAUGAAGCUUUGAACUACAAGGACAAAGAAUUUGCAUCCAAGUUCAAGGCUGCUACGCCAGACUUUAUCGAUGUCUUCUUUGACAACGUAGGAGGGGAGAUUUUGGAGCUUGCGCUGAGCAGGGCCAAGCCUUUCUCAACUUUCGUCAUGUGCGGUGCCAUUAGUCAAUAUAACUCUAAUGCUCCCGUAGGACCAAAGAACUUUUCGAUGAUCAUCGCAAUGCGUAUCCGUCUCCAAGGAUUCAUCGUUUUCGACUACGCAUCUAAAUAUGCCGAAGCCCGUAAAGAGAUGUCUCAAUGGUUGGCAGAAGGUAAGCUCCAACGAAAGGAGACCAUUAUCAAGGGUGGACUUGGUGUUGCCGAACAGGCUUUGGUGGAUUUAUAUCAAGGUGUUAAUACUGGGAAAUUAUUGGUCGAGAUUAAGGAAGAGGGUCCAGUGGGUUCUCGUUUGUAG